AUAAUAAGUCAAAAAUAUUAAAAAAAUUAAUAUAAUAAUAAUAAUAAACUAUACACUGUAAUACAUAAGAUGUUGUAAUAUAAUUUGUACAUUGCUUUAGCAUGUCUUAAAAUGAAAUGCAUUUCAGAGAAAUACACCAUUUGAAAAGUAUUUGUCCAAUAAUUUGAACACAGAUCUGCAUACUACAGCUAUGCAAUUGUGUGAAUGAGAGGAAUGCUGCAUUAUACAGUCAACUUCUACAGUAACAGAACAGCAGAGGUCAAGCAAGUACUGUUUCAAUUUCACAUUAAACAUGUGUAACUUUGGCAUCUCUUUCAAAUAUGAUGUGUUGUUACAAUUCAUGGGGCCAGUAUGAUAUAAAACAAAGCGGGGGAAAUAUGCUGAGAUUUUUAAAUAUUAAUCCACAUUAGUCUCUAUACUUAAGCUUAAUAGUUUCCAGAAAAAAAAGUAUUUGUUGAUGAGCUUUUUUCCUGCUUCUAUAAUUCAAAAACUCAUGCAAAAUUGAUGAGAAGAACACCCGAUGGUAAAGUGCUAUUGGAACAUGAAGCAAAAUGUUUAAAAUUAAAUUAUCCAUAUCAACUAAACUCACUAACACAGUGAGCUUCACAUAAUAUUUAAUAACUACAGUAUUUAAUCAUUACAAACUAUCUUUAUCCAAUAUUUAUUUACUGUUUCUACAAGUAUUGUGGUUAAAAGUCAAUUCUCCAAUACUAUAUUCAAGUUUUAGAGGUACAUCAGUUUCACUUUGUUAUCUUUGAGAUGGGAGUUUUGAUUCGUCAGAUGUGGUUUGACAUAAAAUUAACUUCGUUACAGGAAGCGGUUUGUUACUAGCUAGAGUAUGGUAGUGGCCGCCUCUUUGAAAUCUGAGUUACAGUGGCAGACUGAUCUGUGCUGUGGCACGAGGUCUGGCUUAAUACACCUACGCCACGUGCUUCACAAUGGUCUGCUGAGUGUAGAAUGUGGAUGUGGAUGUAUAUGGUGAUAGUCUUGGUGUGAGUUGAAAAAACAAACAAAUGUGAAUGACAAAUAAAUGUUGUGGUAAAAGAUUGACCAGUAGCGCAGCCUGUGUUUACGUUUUCUUCAUAAAAAGUAAAACUGCAACAUAAAUUCUAAACACACAUCUUGGAAAGUACUUUGAUGAAUAUUAUUUACAUAUAUCGUACACAAAACAGCGGUUCGAAAAAAAUCAGAGGGGUAAACUAUGCAACUUCCAUCCUAUGUUACGACUUCGGUGUCAUUAUUCCUUAUCUUAACCUAAAAAUUACUAACUUUACACCGUUGUAAUAAUUAAUAACAUCCCUAAUUGAAAUACAGUAAUAAUCAUUAUGAUCACGAUUUUACGCGGAAGUAGUGUUUUCUAGAAGCAAAUGCGUCCGUUUUACUGUAUAUGAAUCCAUGCCGAUUUACGUCAGCUAUCAAUGACAUUUUAUGCAAAUUGCAAACUAAUCGGCUGGUCGAGUGUGGGGCUCACGCACGAGACACAAUAAGCAUGCACAUAAAAUCGUUUUUUCUUUGCUUAGUAGAUACCAAAAAACCACCUGUUAAUUAGAAACCAACUCUUUUUUUUAAUUUUUGUUGUUAUCUCAAAGCGUAAACAAGACACUCUCGAGCGCUCGAUUGGUAUUUCUCCCUCCACUAGACCUUUGACGUAGUAGUUGCAACGUCUGCUGCAAGUCUGCUUCUCGUGGUUGUGCUUGUGUAGACCCCUUCAACACGGGGCUAACAAAUGUCGUGUGAAGGAAUUAUUCAGUCUCAGAAAGACAGCGGGCAAAUUGAAGACGCCAAUGCAAAGACAGAAGACAGUGAAGCAUACUUUCAAAUAAACUUGAAUUACAAGUGUGCAGAUAUUUGCCAGGACGUUGAUUUUAAUAACCAAGAUGUCUCGUCUCCACUCAUCAAUAUACAGAAUGUGCGUUUAAUUCCGACAAAUUCGCCUGAUCAGGAAAAUUCUGAUUGUAAAACCGCCGAAUUACUGGUUCAGGAUACCGGUAGUUGUUCUGGCGAUGUAUGGUUGAAAUCGAACGUGGCGAAUGAUAUUGACUGUCUUCUGAGGAGUGAAUCUACAGAAACCGGCUGUAGAUUAAGCGCAGAGAGUAAUAAUACUGUUCAUGCAGACCUUACUCGUAAAAAGUAUGUUGUCACGACCUCAACAGAUGGACUUUUGUCAUUCGAUCUGCUUGCAGAUUUACCAGAAAAUACAGAAACUCCUAGCAAUAGCCAAAACAACAGUGAUAGAAUUUUGACUUUACGUGAAGAUGAUGCAGGCUCGGUUACGACAUUAUUGGAAAGAGGCGAUGACUUGGAGCAGGGAAGACUGACAAUACCGGACAGAAAAAAGCGUAGAAGCGACUUAGAUAAUUCAUCUGUGCAGAUUGUUGCCCUUUCAUUAUCCGACACAGGAAGCGAAUGUUCAGAGGAAUCUUAUGCGAAAGAGAAAAGCAUAGUUAAAGACUUGAAUUGUAAAAUUGCCUUCCAGGACGUGUUGAAGGACAAACUCGAAUGCCAAAAUGGCCCUGUUUGCAGGAAAUACGGAACAGAAUUUGAUACUUCUAAAGAUAUAGAAGAUUUGUCGGAAUUUAAUUUGUUUACGUUUCCUGUCGAUUCAGUAUUUCAGAUUGAUGCUAAUGAUGACGUUAACAAUUUGCACGUUUCAUCUGAUCACGAGGAAGAUGAAAACAUAACAUUACAGAAAGUCGAAACAGAAGUAACUGAAACGUGUGAGGCACAACCGAUUACAAUACUCACAUCCUCAUUGUCAAGUAAUGAAAUUUCCAAUACGCGGGUAAAGCACGCGAAGAAUUUGGACACCGUCGAAGGUGGAGAGAACUUUGUUGCCUUUAGUACGACAGCUCAAGCGUCUCGGGAGCGAAAAUCGCAUAAGCAAGCCACUAUUUCAUCACAGAGAAUGCUAUCAGAAAAUGUACGUUUUCCCAGGAAGAAGACAGUAGUUGCAAUUUCUACAGAUAACACCAAAAAUACUGCAGACAUUCCGGUAGUUAUUGACACUUCUUGUGAGGGACAAGUUUUUACAGGAAAAUCAGCGAAGUUAUUAGACGUUGUCUCACUGUGGAAUACCGAAAAAGCAAAUAGUUCUGUACCGCUCAAAGGAAGUAAUACAGGACACGCUCCAAAUGAUGAAUAUCCUGUACAGCUUUCCACAGAAGUAGAAAGUAGUAGCAGUAGUAGUGGUGUGUUGAAGACCUACAGCAAAUCUGCACAUAGUGAAGAUUCAAAACCUGGUGACCAUGUAGUUGAGCAAGCUUUGGCAGAAAUUGGGAUUUCAGCAGAGGAUUUGUCUCCUAUCACUACGGAGAACGAUCAAAAGUUAUGGGUAUGUCCUGUCAAAUCAUGCAACAAGAUAUUUCCCAGACUGUGUAUGCUCCGCAUCCACAUACUCUGCCAUUAUGGAAUAAGGCCAUACAAGUGUGACUAUCAGGGGUGUGAAUGGUCAUUUUACACUUAUUUCAAAUUAAAGAGACAUAAAGAAACUCACUUAAAGAAAAAGGACUACAUGUGUCCAGUGGAUGGUUGUGGACGAUGUUUUACUACUAUUUACAACUUGAAUACACAUGUAAAAUUACAUGAGCGUCCCGCAGUAAUGGUUUGUCCUGUUGAAUCCUGUGGUGCAAGAUUUCAAACAAAAAGAAGCAUGGAAGUUCAUAUGAGAACUCAUGAUAGUCUUCAUGCUCCAUACAAGUGCCCAUUUGAAGGUUGUGGCAAGCUAUAUUAUUCAUCAAAUUGCCUUCACUCUCAUUCUCGUGUUCAUCUGCAUAAAGAAGAAGAACUGCGCUGCCCUUGGGAAGGUUGUGGAAAGUUAUUUGAUCAACCUUGUAGACUAAAAGCUCAUAUGAGGAUACACACUGGUGUCAAGCCAUAUAAAUGCACAUUUAAGGACUGCACCUGGGCAUUUGAAAGUGCAAGCAAACUGAAGCGCCAUCAGUAUAAGCAUACUAAUGAAAGGAAAUACCACUGUAUGAUGGAUGGAUGUGGCAAGUCUUUCUUACGAUCAGAACACUUAAAGGAACACACUCUAACACACAUGCCAGAAAGAACUUUCAAAUGCCCUGUUGAAAAUUGUGGCCAGAAAUUUUCAGCAAAGAGUAGUUUGUAUGUUCACGCUAAAAAACAUAAUGCUUCAAAAGGUGAUCAGCAAGCAAAAGCAACUUUUUGUUGUCCCAUUGAAAAGUGUAAUCGCAGUUAUUCAAUGAAAUCUAGUUUAAGGCAACAUAUGCUGAAAAUUCAUACACCAGUUUUAGAAGAUACCACCCAGCUAGAGUACAUAACGUUAUUAACAGCAAAUGAUGACAGUGGCUCAUUAGAAGGUCUCGAAAUGCUCUCUGAAGAUGGACAGCUUACGUCACCUGGUGGAAACACAUCAGCAAAAGGAAUGAACAUUUUACCACCUCCAUCAGCCCUUAUAACUGCUGAAGGACGGUCGGACAUAAAUGAUCUCAUGAACAAAGAUUUUGGGUCCAAAGCAGGGGAAACCAUGACACAAUUUUUACUGGCACCAACAGAAACGGAGAUAACAGCUACCAAUAUUCAGGGUGUGCAAGAUGAUUCCGGAACAGAGGUCAUAUCAGAUACUUGCUUUAUAGUAACAGCAGCCAGCAUGCCUGUGCCACUGACAGAGGAAACAGUAGUAACAUCAGAAUUCCAUGAGGAAGAAUCCUGCAAAGGAUCUGCACGAACUGAUUUUACAUAUGAAGAUAUAUGUACAUGGAAGAAGCAGAGCAUGAAUCUAGAGGAAGAUGCAGCUUCCAGCUCCAAUGACAAUCCACUGAAGCAGACACUAAACCCAGAGGUGUGUGCCUCUGAUCCAGAACUGUCUCAAAUUGUUCUUCAGGAUGAAACACUGAAUAUCCAAGUUGACACUCAAGAAGAUAAUCUAAUGACAAUAAGUGAUACAUACAGUGAAUAUCAAGUACUAAUUCUUGAGCAACAAAGUAAUGUGAAACAAUUUUCAGAAUCAACAAUUAAUUUGAGAGAUCUUCAAUAAUUAAUAGUAAUUAAGAAACUACAGCUGCAAAGAAGUUUAAGCAGAAAUCAAUUCGUACUGAAUACAACCAAAAAGGGACCAAUGUGUUUACCAAAACAAACACAAUGUGUUACUAGUUUCCUAAAAUAUUCACAUGAUAAUGGACAUUCUCUUUAAUUAAACACAAUUUCCACUGAAUACUCAUGUGUUUAUUCUAUGUAUUAGUGAUAUUGAAAUGAUUGAUUGUUUUUCCACCUUUGUAUACAUGCAUGUGAAGCAACUGUUCUAUGUACUUUGACAACUACAAUGUUUGCAAAAUGGGCUUAAAAUAUAAUUAUAAAAUA